UUAUCGCAAUGUUAUUCAGCCAAUCAAACAAUUCAAUCGUAAACACCAAAACCUUGCCGGUAUCCCAUUUGCAACAGCGACAUUACUUUUGUCGCAACUCAAUGAACUUUGGACCUACCCCUCCACCAGACGGAGGCGGGCGACGAGUUCAACCAUUUUCCAAUCUCAACCCAACCAAGAUGAAGGCAGCAACCAUCGUCGUGGCAUCGUUGGCCGCGGCGGCCCAUGCAUUGGACGUCCAGCUUUCGGGUAUCAACUACAACCCUCGCAAAGGCGCGGACUGGAAACCAUUCGAAGAGCGGUGCAAGUCGGACGAUGAGGUCAGCGCAGACCUGAAGACGUUGUCGGCGAUCACGUCCAAUAUCCGCCUGUACAGCAUGACCGAUUGCAAUCAAAUGGAAAUCGUGAUUCCUGCUGCCAAAAAAGCGGGGUUGACGAUUUGGGCAGGCAUGUGGAUCGGCAAGGACGGGGCUAACUUCGAGAACGAAAAGGCCAAACUUGCCAGUUUGAUCGACAAGAAACUCAUCGACAAUUCGGUCGUCGGACUUCACGUGGGCAGCGAGGCCGUGUACCGCAAAGACUUGACCACCAAGCAGGCCAUUGCGUACUUGGAAGAAGUCAAGGCGCUGGUCGUGAAAGCUGGCCUGACGUUCCCCGUGACGAUUGCGGACAUUGGCGACACGUACAUAUGGAACCCUGAUCUGGCGGCGGCGGUGGACAUCAUUGCCAUCAACCAGUUCCCGUUCUGGGAGGGACGAGCCGUGGACGGUGCGAUUGAGUUCAUGGCAGAACGCCUCGCUCCGUUGGUCAAGUUGGCCAAGGAAAACAACAAGGAGAUCGUUAUCGGCGAAACUGGGUGGGCCACGGCGGGCAAGGCCAAAGCAGCGGGCGAAGCCAGCCCUGAAAACGCCGCGGCCUGGCUAAACGACUUUCACAUUUACGCGACCGAGCAAAAAUGGCCGUAUUACUACUUUACGUCGUUUGAUACACCGUGGAAGCACAACGCAGACGACCCAGAGUCGGAAGCCGAGGUAGAAAAUCACUUUGGCUUAUUCGACGCCGUCACGCGCCAACUCAAGCCCGCCUACGCCAACUUGAAAGUGCAAAAACGAUCAGUGAUCACCAACGACGCGGACACCUCCAAGCCCACGACCACGCCCUUGAACGCCACACCCGAACCUGUUGUCGACGGCACGACGGACGCGACGCCUGCCCCCGCCGCCACCGACAAGGCUGGCACGCCGGUCACCACAUCGGCGCCCUCGUCUGGUUCCGACGGAAGCACCAGCACCACGGCAGCCCCCGAUGCGACAACUUCGACCUCUGAGCCUAAAACUGCAGAUGACAACUCCACGACUUCUGUGCCUGCAGCCCCAGCUGGCAACUCCACGACCUCUGUGCCCACAACCAACGCGGCGGGAACGAUGUCCAUGUCUACCGUCGUGGGUCUCACGAUCAUGGCUACUUUCGUGGCGACAACAUUUGGCAUGUAGUUUCGUUCGUGAAACAUCGUAGUAGUUGGAUGAUGCCAGUCCAAAGUAACAUUCAUUGCAGCUUGAACAAAAACAACGUAUACGUAUAGUACUAAAGUAGUAAGUACUACGUAAUAGUAUAUUUUGCGUUGAGUUGC